AUGGAAUCUGUGCCAGCAACUCUAUACAAUGGAAUCAAAGGAUACUGGAAGAGAAACGGAUACGAAAGGCUAAAUGGAACCGCCGGUCGGAAAAGGAAGAUCCGAGUAGUGAAGUUAACUUCUGCGGACGGUGCGAACCGCCGGCGAAGGCGGUUCUGGAGGGUAAAGUUGAAACCUAGUCUGAAAUUGAAGCUCAAGUUUUCGCCUAAAAGGUUGUUGCGCCGGCUCCGAGAUGCAUACGUGAACAUGAUGAUGAAGAUUGCUAACACGCCGGGGAUCACCGGCGCUGGCGGGUUCCCAGGGGGUGGCGUGAGUGGAUUUGGGAGGGGAACGAUGAAAGAGUAUGAUGAGAGGAUAAUUACUGAGAUUUACAAAUCGGUUUUAAUGGCACAGAGUCGACCGGUGCCCCGUGAAGCGACCCGAAUUGGAUCCGAAAUCAUCUCCCAACGGUAA